GGACUCGUGCUAAGCUGCGACUUGCGACUCGUUUUCCGCUUGGGCAACAGCAACAUCUUAGUCGGCACUCGUCAUUUGAGGCUAUGAUGGCAGAUCGCGAUGGCUUCACAGACAGCACAGACUGGCUUCAAACUCCUCUCGCCUCCCUCGCGCCUGUCGACGCUUCACUCCGGUGUCAAGUAUGCAAGGACUACUUCACAACUCCUAUGAUGACCAGUUGUUCCCAUACCUUCUGCAGUCUUUGUAUACGAAGAUGUCUUUCUCAGGAAGGAAGAUGCCCGGCGUGUCGGGAGGCGGAUCAGGAAAUCAAGUUGCGGAGAAACUGGGCCGUGGAAGAGCUGGUCGCCCAUUUCACUGUCUCGCGCAAAGACCUCCUUGCUUUUGCAACUGCGAGUCUGGCGACGGAAAGAGAACGAGAUAAUGACAACGAGGCUCAGAGACCAAAGAAGAGGCGGAAAGUGGCAGCGGAACCCACAAGCAACGGCAUUGAAAGACGAAGUACACGAAGCCAGAGCAGGAAGAUUGCCUCGGAUGCCGCCAGUCAACAGAGCCUGGCAUCCACCCAGGAAGUCAUAGAUGACAGUGAAGAAGAAGGAAGCGUCUACGAAGAUCCAGACAGCCACAAGAGCCCACACUUCGUCAAUGGUAAUGGCAAUCCAGAGCCCCAGGACGGCCUCGUUCAGUGUCCCUGUUGCCACCGUCGCAUGAAGGAAGCAGUCAUAAAUUCACAUCUAGAUAAAUGCAUACAAGGCGACAGCCACACCCCGGUCGACGAUAUCGCAUCCUCGUCUUCUCCUGCUCCACCUUCAAAUUCGCGACCUGUCGCACCGCCUGGCACCAUCGCUUAUGCCCAGAGGAAACCAUCCAAACAACAGGACCGGCUGCCCUUCAUCAACUACUCCCUCCUCGCCGAUAACGCGUUGCGGAGAAAGUUGCGAGACCUGGGCAUCCCGGAUCACGGCUCCAAGGAUCUUAUGCGCAGGCGCCACACUGAGUGGGUGAAUCUGUGGAACGCCAACUGCGAUUCCACUAACCCUGUCACGAAAAGGGAAUUACUCAGAGAGUUGAAGAUCUGGGAGGAUACGCUGGGACGACAACCGGAAAAGUCAUCAACCACGGGGUUCAUGGCAAAGGACUUUGACAGAGAGCGCCAUGUGAAGACUCAGAAAAGCAAUUUUGACGACCUGAUACGCCAGGCUAGGGCCAGGAAACCAAAAGGGCCCGAGGGACAACCAUCAUCUGCAGCAGAAAAUCCAACACCAGAGCUCAUUCCACAGGAGCUAACAGAAACUGGCACCCUUGUGGAGCUUUCUGGGGUUGGCCCAACACCCUCGGAGGGCCCAAACGAAGCUGGAGCAGUAUCGGCUCGCGGAAAUGUCGUCAACAUACAAGGUCAAAUGCUGGUCGAACCGGAAAACGCUGUCACUGAUGGUCAGACCCAGGAGACUGCAAUAACUAUCCCAUCACCCCCUGCAUUUGAGAAUGCACCUGAACCAAAGUUGGAUCUGCAACCUCCGGAAAGGUCUCAUGGGAGGUACUUUGUGUGAAGGGCAUGCUCGAAGAUGGGCUUAUAUACGCGAGUGCCACUCAUCAGUCUUGUAAAAAUAGUCAGAUCUUAGAUAGACUUGAAGCCUGUAUGCUUUCAGCAAUGGCACUUAACUGGGGAUUUGAUGACAUGGAUAAGUGCUCUGGCGAUGAAUAUUGAUGAAUGGAGGGAAUGCGUUUUUAGGCUUCCUUGAGGAAGGUCCCUUUGGCUCCAAUAUCUCUGAACCCAGUAUCUUUGACGAGGUACAGCAUUCCUCC